AUGCCGGACUAUGCUGCACAGUCUGAGCGCCUAUGGCUACAAAAAUUGACGAUUGAGGACCAUCUAGAUGGCUAUCACGCUCUGAGUACAGAUGAGAACAUAUUACGAUGGUCAAGCCGAGCUGCUCCUUCUGAUCUCGAAGGUACAAAAGCAUUAUUAUUAUCCCGCACUGCAUCAGAUGAGCAACCAUGGAUGGAGAUGUAUGCCAUCAUGUUGCGACCUGCUGGCACAGAAGUAGCGAUGUUUGUCGGCGCUAUGGGUAUCCUCCGCAUCUCUGAAGAUGGAGAGGCAGCUGAGGUUGGGUAUGGAGUUCUGCCACAGCAUUGGGGCAAGGGCUAUGCUCCUGAAGCCUUGAAGUUAUUGGUAGACCAUUACUGGAAGAGUGAGAGGAGGGUGCAGAAGGAAAAGCUCAGCGCCGGAACAGAACCUGAGAAUCUUCCUAGUCAACGGGUAUUGGAGAAAGCUGGCUUUAGAAGGAAGGAAGUCAUUGAGAAAGCUUUCGAGGCGCCAAAUCCGCAAACGGGAGUGAUGGAGUGGAGGACAGCCAUAAUUUGGGAAGUUGAAAGGCCGAAGGUAUAA